AUGUACGGCAAUGAUAUUGAACCCCAUGGAGUCAUUGUCCAGAUAGCAGGCAAGCAACAGAACGUCGCCAAUACUACAGGUAUCAUAAGUCCGCAUAUCGAGAAUUUGCUACCGAUGGACGAGAUUGACAUCUUUGACGUUGCUUCCUACUACAACGACAGUACCCCGCAUGGCACUUGGUACAAGCAGACAACGAGCGGAGCCACUCCAGAUCCGCGCAUUGAUUUCUGCCUCAUCCUAGCAUCUGCUCCUGAUGGAAGCAGCCACAACGUCGCAUCAGGUGGCGCUGCGAUGUACGAACCUACUCCAUCCGGCUUCGGUCAAUCCGGCCUCGCAGACCUCUUCAAGGUCCAGUAUUAA